CAUCACUCUCUUCUGCUCUCUGCUUGAACGACAUUUUCGUGCACAACGACCAUGGCUAUCGACACAGCACAGCCGAACGACCCCAAGGUGGCGCGCAGUCCCGCCGAGCUCGAUGCUUCAAGACUGAAGGUCACCUUGACACAGUCGCCAAAAGUCAUGCCCUCUCCGGAGAAGCUCAAGUUCGGCCAGAUAAUGGCUGACCAUAUGCUCGUCGCUACAUACGACCCAGUCAACGGCUGGUCCGACCCUGAGAUCAAGCCGUACGGCCCUCUGUCUCUCGACCCCGCCAGCUCGUGCUUCCACUACAGUACAAAUGUUUUCGAAGGCAUGAAGGCGUACGUUGGUCCCGAUGGCAAGCCGAGACUGUUCAGGCCUGAGAUGAACAUGGCGCGGAUGAGGCGCUCCGCAGACCGUGUCGCUCUUCCUCGUUUCGACACAAAGGCAUUGCUCACCAUGAUCAAGCGAUUGAUUGCAAUCGACGCUCGUUGGAUCCCCAACCAGGCGGGCCACAGCCUAUACAUCCGCCCGACAAUCAUCGGCACAAGGCCAUCCUUGGGGGUUACCGCAUCUGACCAUGCCGUGCUGUACGUGAUCUGCUCGCCGACGGGCCCGUACUUCCGAACGGGUGCGAAGCAGCUGUCGCUGCUCGCAGUUGGAGACACCGUGCGAGCGUGGCCAGGCGGCACUGGCGGGUACAAGCUCGCGUUGAACUAUGCGCCGACGUUGAAGCCGGCACAGCUUGCGGAGCAGCAGGGCUAUAACCAGGUGCUGUGGCUUCUCGGAGACACGGUCACCGAGGCGGGCGCAAUGAACUUCUUCGUCGUAUUGAAGCGGGAAGAUGGCCACCUGGACGUGAUCACGCCGCCUCUGAACGGGACCAUUCUACCCGGUAUCACGCGCGACUCGUGCCUCGCGCUUGCGGCGGCACACCCGGCGCGCACCACGUUGCCUGGGCUACCCACUAGCGUGCGGCUGUUCGUAGACGAGCGCACGAUCACGAUGGGCGACCUCGCGGCGUGGCAUGCAGAGGGUCGCCUGCUCGAGGCGUUCACAGUCGGCACGGCGGUUGUCGUAACGAGCGUGGGCCGGAUCGGACACCAGGGUAAGGACAUCGUCUUGUCGGAGCACGUGGGCGGGCGAGGACCUGUCGCGCGCGCACUAUACGAGCGGCUCGUGGAUAUUCAGGAGGGCAAGGUCGAUUGGGAAGGGUGGUCCGUAGACUGCGAGUGAUUCUCGAGUUUGGGCUGGAUGUGGAACGUGCGGGUUGUGUCAAAAAUGCUGGACGAUAGUUGAACCAUCGCCGACGGUGUAUCUUAUGGCCAUUGAUGCGCUUGUGCGAGAUAGUAAUAAUUGGGUAAUCGUCGUCGUCGUAAAACGUUCAUGCCAUUCAUGGACCAAGGCAG